UCCCGCGAGGCAGCGGCUGUCAUGACUAAAGCUUUGCCAGUAACACAGGGAUUGGCUUGUGACACAGUGACGUGUCUCGGGAAGUGGCAGCUGGUGCUGAUAUCGAUAUGAGGGCGACUCGCUAAUGCGCAGCCCUGGAGACCAAGCUGGGGCAUAAGGGCUCGUGUGUCAGGCGAGCAUUAAACGACCCCUUAUCCGUAGCCGAGUGCUGAGACUGUAUCUUCAGUGCUAGUCUGUGGUAGCGCCUGCAACGCAGCAUCAUGAUAAAAGCUAUCCUCAUCUUCAACAACCAUGGCAAGCCCCGGCUGUGCAAGUUCUACCAGCACUAUAGCGAAGAUACACAACAACAGAUUAUUCGAGAAACAUUCCACCUUGUAUCCAAAAGAGAUGAAAAUGUUUGCAAUUUCUUAGAAGGAGGCUUAUUAAUAGGUGGAUCUGACAACAAACUCAUAUAUCGGCAUUAUGCUACUUUAUAUUUUGUCUUUUGCGUUGAUUCUUCAGAAAGUGAACUUGGCAUUCUAGAUCUUAUACAAGUGUUCGUAGAAACACUGGACAAAUGCUUUGAAAAUGUCUGUGAGCUGGAUUUAAUAUUCCAUGUAGACAAGGUUCACAACAUCCUUGCAGAAAUGGUGAUGGGAGGGAUGGUACUAGAAACUAACAUGAAUGAAAUUGUCACUCAAAUUGAUGCACAGACAAAGAUGGAAAAGUCAGAGGCUGGCCUAGCAGGAGCUCCAGCGCGGGCUGUAUCUGCAGUAAAGAAUAUGAAUCUUCCUGAGAUCCCAAGAAACAUUAACAUUGGUGACAUCAGUAUAAAAGUGCCAAACCUGCCAUCUUUUAAAUAAGAUACUUCCCUGUACUUGAAUUUGAUAAAACGUUUACGAAAUAAAUGUGGAAAGCGUUUUUCUAUUCCAUAAAAACUGAAGGAACUGUAUAGACUGUUUGUGAUAAAUCUGAAGUGUUGGAUUCAGCUAGAUGUUGCUGUUAAUACUGCUAAAGCUAGCUCAACCUGACUCCAGAAUUACAUUCCUACGCCCCUGGAAGGCAUGUCACUAUGUCUUGGCUGCUCCCAUUUCCAGAUAAAGUAUUCCAAAUGUCAUUUUUUUCUGUUUACAUAGUUAAGUAAUUCCAUUACAUAAUUAGAACACAAUUCCUUAUUCCUAAUGUUUCCUACGUGAUUGUCUACGAUUUACACAAAAAUCCAGUUUUUAAAAUAUAAUUUGAGAUUAAACACGAAUACAUUUGUUUUUAGUAUCUUUAUAUAGGAACUUCAUGAUAAAUCUGUUUUUAACACUGUAAAAACACGGUGAGCUGGAAUCUUGUGGUGUAGUAUUCUGUAAAAUAAAUGUUUUAUGAAUGUCA